UCCAUCAUCCGUCAGUCCCUGUGCUCGGUCUAAUUCUGUCUGAGCCAGUGGAGGUGUGGGUGGGGGGACAAGCUGCUCUAUCUACAAUCCCAGCCCUAAGCAGGCAAAGGGCAAAGACACGGGCCACGUUAACUUGGUCUCUGCCUGUCUCCCCAGCCUGAUCCACUGGGACAGAAGUCAGCUUUCAAGACUUUCUUCCAAACGAAGACCCAUUAAAACUUUCUGAUGCCUGGAAAUAUAGUGCAGGAUUAAAUCCUGAGAAUAGACAAAGGGGUGUAGGGUUUCUGGUGGUGGUCACUGGUUUAAUUUUUUCAUAUUCUCAUAUAUCACAAACCUUUUGGAUGACGUUGCUGGACUGGAAUUAAACACUGGGAUUAAAUUGUGCAGACGAUCCAAGGAUUUACCACAAGUAUUUGUUUUCAUGGCAACAAAAUCUCCAUAAAGGAUUUAAGUUUUGUAACAGAAUAUUUAUUUUGAAACCAUGACCGAAGCAGCUGAAGCACGAACAUCGACCACUACAACCAUGGUCCUCGAUCACAAGAACGGAGACGCUGGGGCACCACCUAUGCGGGUGUUGAAGAAAUCCUUUACAGAUGACUUUUACUCUACUUUCAGCUCCCCGCUGGCCUGGAUCUUGGUUCUGGCUCUUAUCAUUACUUGGUCUUGUGUGUUCGUCAUUAUGUUUGAUCUAAUGGACUACAAGACCAUUUCAGGUCACCCACCCAGGAGGGUUUUUAAGGAUUCAGGGCGUAGAGGAGGCCUCAGCAAGAUCAGCUCAGACCCCAUGAAGGCGGUAAACGAUGCCGUGGACGAAUCAUCAAACAUAAUCACAGGAAUAGUGAAUUUUGCUGCCAACUUAAUUGCUCCAGACGACGAUGAAGGAACUCUAUAUGCAGUCAGAAAAAAAGGAGAAUUUCUACCAUCACGAACUAAAGUCAUAGGAAUGCAAACACAAAAGCAACCACCAAUGACUGAAGUUCUGGAGGAUGAAGCGGGGGAGGGAGAGGCAGAGGAAGAAGAAGGAGAUGAAGGAGAGGAGGCUGGGGAGGACGAAGAGGAGGAGGAAGAAGAGGAAUAUGAGGAAGAGGAGGAGGAGUAUGGAGAUGAAUAUGAGGAAGAGGAGGAGUAUGAUGAGGAGUAUGGAGAUGAAUAUGAUGAAGAGGAGGAAUAUGAGGAGGAAGAAGAAGUAGAUGAUGAGGAGGAGGAAGAGGCCAAAGGAGACGAAGAGCAGGAAGGCGAAGAACUGGAGGAUGAAGAAGAGGAGGAAGGCGAAGAACUGGAGCAUGAAGAAGAGGAGGAGGGGGAGGAGGAAGAGGCCAAAGGAGAUGAAGAGCAGGAAGGCGAAGAACUGGAGGAUGAGGAAGAGGAGGAGGAUGAUGAAGUUUCUCCUGAACCCAUUUCCACUUCUGAGGAUGAAGAGUCGGCUGUAUCUCCUGAUUCUGAGUCCGAUGUUCCUGUUGGGGUGACAGACAGUGACGAAGAGGUAACUUUACCCGAUGAAGAUGAUGAAAAAGACAAAGAAGAACAGGAUGAAGAUGAAACCAGUGACGAUCAACUUCUUUCCAGUGAAGAGGAAGAGGGGGAGGACGAGCUGGAGGAUGAUGAAGAAGAUGAUGAAGAUGAUAGACUAGCUGAGGGUGUUACUGAUAGUGAUGAUGUCAUUGCAGAAGACACUAGCGAUGACCUGGAUCUUCCUCCUAUUGUAGCUGGUAGUGAGGAUGAGGAAGAUAUUGAUCACAAACUGGCAGAGGAAGAAGAUGAAGAUGAAGAAGAUCUUUCUCCUCUUCCUGCUGAAGAUGAAGACUUGGAAGAAGACAUAAAAGCUGUAGAAGACACAGACAAGGAGGAAGAUGAGGAGGAGCUGGACCAAUCAGACGAGGACAUCUCUGUUGCAUCCUCCGAACACUUUGCAGAUGAUGAAGAUGAUGAAGAUGAUGAAGAAGACCUUAAAGAUGAUGACCUUGACCUGGACUUUGACAAAGAUAUCCUUGAAGACCUUAAACACAAAGAUGCUCAAGACAUACCUGAUGUCACUGAAGAGGGCAUCCCUGAUGAUGACAAAGAGGAAGAGGAGGAGGAAGCUGGCAUUCCUCCCUUUACGAGCACAGACAGCGGAGUCUUAGGUGAUGAAGAUGAUGAGGAUGACAUUUCCUUUGAAACGGAUGAGGACUCCACUGGAGAAACAAUCCUGAGUGACUCUUAUGACACAACUGAUGAUCAGGAUGUUGAUACAAGCUCUUUAGAUGAGGAGGAUGAAGAAGACGAGGAUGAAGAUGAAGAAGAUGAUGGUGUUAGUGAAAUCUUGAUGGCAGCUGCUGCUGCAGGAACAUUAACCGUCCAGGAGGAGGCAGCAAAGACUGAUGAAGACCAUGAAGACGGGGAUGAGCUCGAAGAGGCUGAAGAUAAAGGGAAGACUGAAGACGCAGAAACAAAAGAAACAGGCACCACCCGGCCUGCAGCUCCGGAGGAGAAGGAUGAGGGCAAAGAUGAAGAGCCAGUUUCUAAACCUGAGAAAUCUGUAGAUGAACAAGAAGACAAGAAAGAGGAGUAUGAUGAAGACGAAGAUGAGGAUGAGAAAGCAUCAGUGGAUGUGUUCAAACCUGUUCCUGGACCAGAGGAGGCAGCGCCAAAGACAGAACCCACAGUAUGUCCCUGUAUGCACUCUGCAAAGGCCAAAGAGUCUCCCACUAAGACUGCUAAGGCAAAAGAUGCUCCCAAGAGAGUUUCUGCUGUGAGAAGGAGAAAAGAUCGGGAAACUGUGAGGACUGUAAAGACUCUAAAGACAGCUGAAAAGCCCAAAAAGACAGCUCUUCCCAGAAUGGUCGGUCUGCCUCCGAAAAUCGCAAAGAUCCGAAGUUUUCCUCCUUUUCUGAAAGCCAAGAAAGUAGAUAAACCCAAGGCUUCCAAAACAAAGACAAAGACCAAAAAGCAAGAACAGGUCACAGACUCUGGACAAGAAGUUGGGCCUUGUAGACCUGCACCAGUUUAUUGCCCGUCCCCACCUGGAUGGUAUGUUCAUCACAUAGUCACAGACAAUCCUUACCCUCCUCCUACCAUGUCAGCUUCCUCUGCUCCUGUACUGACCGCCCACCCUGUCCAUCCUGGAGCCCCACAGACACAGGGCAUUUAUCAGCAACAGCCUCCGCCACCACCAAUGCAUCCACUGUACGCACAGUAUCAACCAUAUCAGCCACCACUUCAGCCUGUGAUGCCGCCUCCACCAGAUCCAGUUCAGCCACUCCAGCCUGUACAGCCAGAAGCUGCAGAAGAAGUAAAAGCUCCUGCCCAACCUGAGGUCCCGACUCCAGCUGUUGAAGCUGAGCCUGCUGAUGCUCCGGUUCAAGAACCAGAGGCUGCUGAGGAGGACGUGAUUGCUGUCUCCACAAAGAAAGCAAAACAAACAACAACAAAGGCUGCUGAUUCAGACAAAGGUACUGUAGCGCUCUCCACAUCCACUAAACACUUAAUCUGCCAGCUAACUAGAAUAUUCACUGUAACAAACGACAGCUGCAGCACAUAACAGUGAUGUACAAUGGCACUGUGUGCUAUAUGAAUGCAUUAAUUAAAGAAAAUUAACUUGGCAUGGGCAUUUCACUGCAAUUAUCCCCUCAGAGCCAGGAGCAGCCAAAGGGAAAACAAAGAAAGAUGCUGCUUUUUUGAAAGACAAAACCAAA